GCAGCUCUGGGGGCUCAGGGGCCCGGGCUCAGCCGCCGCGAUGCUGGGGCGCGCGGGAACGCGGGGCUGGACGGCGGCGCUGUGCCUGCUGGCGCUGCUGCCCUCUGCUCUCACGGAGGAGCUUCGUGCCAUGACAACUCCUGGGGCCAGCGAAUCUUCCAGUUUGCAGGUGUCUUCCACAGCUCUGUCACUCCAGCCCAGACUGCCAUCUCCUCCUCCGAGCAGCCCUCCCGGGGACACCAGCUUGCCCCCCGUGGCUGAGAGUAGCAGUGGCACCAUGGCUACACUCCCAGAUCUUGCUGUCAGCACCUCGGCCGCCUCUGUGCUCACACUGGUCCCUGCCACUGGGAUGUCUCCGGCUCAGACUUCCUCGGUUGGCACACACUCUUCUACCCCAAACAACUCUGCGACCACAGAGAUGCCUCCGAAGCCCAGCACUUCCCCUGGAACUGUCUUGGUCCACCCAGACAAUAGCACAAGCCCUCCGGUGCCCCCCCUGGAGCUCCAGACAUCAUUUUCUCCUGCCAUAAAUGUCAUCAAGGUGGGAGAAAUUCGGUGUUCCCCUGUGAAGGAGGCGAGAGCCAGCCACAGUAUCUGCCUGAGACGGAACGAGACGGCCAGUUGUGAAGACUUCCGGAGGGACAGUGGUGAGGCCUUGGCCCAAGUGCUGUGUGCUGGGGAGCCGGUGGCGGGGCCUUGCUCCUGGCAGCUCGCCCAGUCUGAGGUCACCCCCUACUGCCUGCUGCUGCUUGUGGCCAACAGGACAGAACUUUCCAGCAAGCUCCAGGUUCUGAGAAAGCACGAGUCUGACCUGAGAAAGCUGGGGGUUCACAGUCUCACCGAGGAGGACGUGGGCAGCCACCAGAGCCACUCCCGCAAGACACUCAUCGCCCUGGUCACGGCAGGGCUCCUGCUGGCCAUCCUGGGCCUUGCUGGCUACUUCCUGAUGAAUCGGCACAGCUGGAGCCCUGCUGGGGAGCGGCUGGGUGAAGACCCCUACUUCACCGAGAAUGGGGGAGGCCCCGGGGCCUCCCCAGAGAGGCAGCCCAAGGCCGCUGCCAGCUGCGGGGCUCAGGAGAACGGCCAGGCCCCACCCAGAAACGGCCACUCGGCGCCACACACAGUGGCGGACACAGAACUGUGACAGGGCACCGCUGACCUGACCCUUUGGCCCCUCCCCCGCCCCUCACUCCUUGGUGACCCAGUGCCAGGCCCAGGUUCUCCUGGGCCCUCCUGCUGGCCCCUGUUCUGGCUUCCUGAGGCAGGGCAGGGGAAGCCAGGCCUGGCGGCAGGACCUAUGUCUGCUCCCACGAUGGUGCUCCCUCCUUGUGGUCAGGAACUGUGUCCCUACAGCAGUGGCUGCACCCCCGCCUCUAAACAGAGCCCCUACAAGCCUGGGCUCCCCCAACUUUGGUCAGGGGCCUCUGUUUUCCUGCCAUGGGGGUGAGUGGGCACAGGCCCUGUGCGGGAGCCAGACCAACCUGCCAGUCCAGCCCCCGACCCUGUCCCGACGCCUGGGCUGAGUGCCUCAGACCCAGCAGACCCUCCUGGCCACCCCCCCCACCCCCCGGCAUCAGGACACCAGGCCGCCCUCCAGAGGAGAGUGUGAUCCCUCAGUGACCAUUGGAAAUGGAACUUUCCAGAGACAGGGCAAUGGGGGGACACAUGGGAAUAAAGAGCAGGUUUCUGUGCUGUUGUCUGUGUGCCAUGAGGCAUUGUCAGUAGGAGCAUGUGCCCCACGACCUCUGACCCCCAGGCUGGGAGCCCCAGGCUCCGGAACAUAGAGGGGUGGUCCUGGAAGAGCCUCUGUGGCCUUGCAGUCCGGGCAUCUCUGUCCCCAUGGACCAUGCCACGCUGGCAGGGAAGCAGCCUGCACCCCGACCACCUUCACUCUGAGUUCAGUGCAGUACACAGCAGCUGGGGGGAAAGGGCGGGGGCACCCAGGCACUCUCCCUAUGGGGUCAGCGCCCAGGAGCAGACCGAGGCCCCUGUGACCUUGCGCUGCACUUUCCUUGCCCUCCCUCACGCAGAGAGCGCCCAGCUUCCCUCAGAGAUGGGGCUUGGCAUUGGGCAGGGGCAGGCCUGCGGGUGAGGGUGCACAGCAUGGGCGGAGCAGCCUCAGCCUGAGCUAAAACCUCGCUCCACGCACGAGGAGUCAUAGCCUUCAGUGCUUCGAGAGUUUGCCCACGGUGUAAGGGCUACAUGUACACAUUGGUGUGUGGGAACAUG